GAUUGGCGCUUUAAUUUUGGUAACAUUUCCCAGAGCUAAUUUUGGAAACGUAUCUAUACUAUAAAGUCCUUGGAACUCAUUACAGCGCAAUUUUGUGUUCGAGUGGGUCUAGAUGUAGGUGGCAUGCUUAUUUCGGCCAGACGCCACUGAAACGGGGCUAUUCCAGUGGUUUUUUUUGCUGACCGACUGAAGUCACAGGGCACAGGGCUGCACCCUCUUCGUUCUGUGAGAAGACCAUGACAUACGACCAGAAGAAACAAUAAAAAAAAGGUGUAAAGACAUGAACGAUUGAUGAGUGCACAAGAAAACCUCAAUAUGACCUCAAAAUCAGGCCAUCCCGACAAUGCCAGGACAUACAAGCUUGUUGUGGUUGGGGAUGGAGGAGUUGGGAAGUCUGCCCUGACCAUCCAAUUUUUUCAAAAACUGUUUGUUGUGGACUAUGAUCCCACCAUUGAAGAUUCCUACUUGCAGUAUACAGAAGUGGAUAGUGAGUGGUGUAUGCUGGAUGUGCUGGACACAGCCGGACAAGAAGAGUUCAGUGCGAUGAGGGAACAAUAUAUGAGGAAGGGUGAUGGUUUCCUGUUGGUGUAUUCUGUUACGGAUCCACAGAGCUUUGAAAACAUUGCCAAUUUUCACACACAAAUUUUACGGGUUAAGGACAGGGAUACUUUCCCCAUGAUUAUGGCAGCCAACAAAGUGGAUCUGAUUCAUCAGAGGGAAGUGUCAGAAGAGCAAGGUUUAACCCUAGCGGGGCAGCUCAAAGUCCCAUAUAUUGAGACAAGUGCCAAAGACCCACCUUUGAAUGUGGACCUCGCUUUCCAUGAAGUUGUCAGAGUCAUACGACGGCAACCCUCGCCAAAGAAAAAGAAGGCCAGAGGAGGUGGAGGAUGGCGUUGUACAGUCUUGUAAAUAUUGGCUCAAAUUUAAUGUGAUUUCAGACUCAGCUCUCAGCACAGAUUGUCACUAAGCAAAUUUACAAAUUAAUUGGUUAUGCUUGUUGGAAUUGAGCAAGUCUUGAAAUGUAAUUAGACUUUGUUCCCUGUGGUUGAAAUGUCAUGUACCACCUUGAGUCACAGGGACACAUAAAACAGAUUUUACACGCUGUUGUGUUGCCAAUAGCCUGGAGAAUCCCUUCUUUGCAGACCAGGAAGUUCGCCUUAUACAGUAUCUUUAGAUAUUCAUUCUAACAAAAAAAUUCCUGGACCUCAUGCCAGCAUCGUUAACCUGGUCAUAAGCUAUAAAAGUAUGAUUCACAAUUAAGUUGUAUGUCAGAUAAAAUGUUAUGUGCCUAUGUAUAGUUCAUUGAUGAUUUUGAUAAACUUCAUGUUCGUUCUUUUAAAUCUCAAGCAGAGCAGUUAAUGCUAUUUACCACAUUCCAUGUGACUUUUAGCUUGUUUCACUUUUAUAAUUCUAUUGAAUCUUGUUUGGUAUUGAAAUUAUUUCAUGUCAAAGUGUUUUCUGCUCAGAUGUAAUAUAUAUAUACUUCAAUUGUUCUUUCUUUACAAGACAUUCUUUUGUAUAACAGAGCCCCCCUCCGCCUCUCUCUCUCUCUCUCUCCAACCACCACGGCCACCCACCUCUACAUACCUUUUCAAUCUUGAUUCCAGAGUAGACUUCAAAAACAGAUGCUUUUUGUACACAAGUAUAAAACUGUACCUACUCACUAUUCCCAACAUUUAGCCUCGCUUAAGUGUUUUCUUUUUCAAUGUAGAAGUAUUUCCAUCUGUUGCUUUUAGAUUUAGCAAGAUUGUUGCUUGAUAAGGUAUCUGUGGAUUCAUAGUAUGUGUUUGUACAUAAAUACAUACAGGGAAAGUUUUAUAAUGUUGCUAUCAAACAUCAGGAAUUGAUAUGAGAUUGGCCGCUUUUUUUGUCAUUGAUAUGUCCAACAUUUUUUGUGCCUGCCACAAACUGCAUGUUUUCUCCAAAGAAUAAUGAAUUGUUGUUCUUAGUGAAAGAUUGCAGCACAGAGACUUUUGUUUGACAAAGUAUCUGUUAUGUCUUUUGUGAGUGCCCUCCUGCAAUUUGACUUUCUCUUCUUCAAGUGUUAUCCCUGAACUGGGUGCAAAUGUUAGUGUACACAACAUUUUUCGCAUCCUCUUUUUUUGAAGUCGACGUUGAAAGUGACUUACUUGGUUUCGGCAAGUAGAAACAACAUUGUGAUAAUUUUUUUCCUCCUUGGGUUGGAUCACAGUGAUUGUUUGAUGAUUGAGGUUUGCUUUCUAUUUUGACAGUAAAUGCUUUUGAAAGCAACUAUUCAGUGAUAGAGGCUUACUGUCUUUUAUCUUCUUUUUUAAACUAUUUGUAUCACUUUAAACUGUUGUCAAAUUUAUGUGUAACAUUGUAAGAUGAUAAUGUUGUUGUGAUAAGCUUUUGUGUUUUUCAUGAUAUUGCUUAUUUAUUAUUGGUGUUUUGUUCUCUAUACUCUGUGCGCGUCAAACAUUUUCAGGUGCAAGUUCUUGUACUGAUACUUAGACUAUGUCACAAAAUAUGAAUGGUCAAUAGUACUUUUGGGUUUUAAAAGGCCUUAAUGCAUUUAACUGAAGGACGGUUAUUGAAAUUUUUACAGUUCUAUUUCAUAUAUGGGACCAUGGCACAAAUCAUUCAUGACUUACUUUAUAUGUUGAAUGUUCUAUAGUCCAAACCCUGUCACUGCACAACUGUGUGUCUGUGCGUGUACAUCUGCAUGUAUAUGUAUGUUCAUGUGUGUGGGUGUGCAUGCUUGCAUGCACUCAUGUUUGUAUGUAAUUGUGUGCAUGACCUGUUCUUCAGCUCCAUGGAAGUUUUGAAGAGGAGGACAUUCUCGUAAAAUGAAAAGUUGGUUAGUUUGUUUUGCUCUUGUGUAGCUCAUUUUCUGUACAUGCUUUAAAUAAACUAAGACAAUUUGGUAGGUUGUGAUAGAAGAAAAUCAUGUGACUGGGCUUCACAUGUCAGAAAGGUAUUUCUAAAUCUACUUUACCACA